AUGAAAGCAUUAUUUAUUUUAUUCUUCUUUUUCAUUCAAAUCUCGACUCAACCCAAAAAUCCAUCGGUAAUCGUCCGUUUGAAUCGACAAGGAUGGGAUUUUCUUAAAGAUACCGUCUUGGAUUUGAUGAAACGUCUCAUUCCAACGCUAAAAAUCCCAGCCGGUCAAACAUGGGAAAUGGGACAUGUGAAGGUGACUGUUAAAGGAGGGAUCAUUGAUGGAAUCAACACGCCAAUCCUCAACUACACCCUCGACAAUCACCAAAUGACGAUCACGAUGAAUAGAUUGUACUUGACGGCGAAAGUUUGGUUCAAAGCAAAGGCACACUAUAUUUUCCCAAUCACGACAUCUGGUUGGAUCGGUUUGCGAAUAAACAACGUGAAUGCAAUUGGAUCGGUAAAUGUGUCGUUGAUCGAUGAACGGCCACAUCUUGUGCUUAAUAAUUGUGCGAACAGUGUGCAAUCUGUUUUAGUUACACCUCAUUGCCGAAAUGCUUGGGCUUAUCGACCAUUUUUGGGGAUAGCUGAGGACGCGGCAAAGAAAAUGCUCAAGAAAAGUAUUUGUACAUAUCUGCGAAUGGGAAUCAAUCAAAUCAAUACUCAACUUUCCACAAUUCCACUACAGUUUUCCCUCGGUUCAAACUUCACCCUUGACUACAGCUUUGAAACGAUAAAAUUUGAUCCAAACUACUCAGAGACGGCAAUCAGUGGAACAGUUUUGUAUGGAAACGAGCGUUGUUUGAUCGAACCGAGUGAAAUGGAUAAAGGCCCUUUACCCCAAACAAUGGGUCAAGUGUGGGUGUCUGAGCAGAUUGUCAACUGUAUCUUCCGAAGUGCUCAUCAAGGUGCAAUCAUUCAGUACACAAUCACAAAAGAUGUUCAAGGAGCGGCUCCAUAUUUGAGGACACAUUGUCCAUUUAAAGCGUCAAAUGCCGUGUGCAUGGGUACAUUUUGGCCUCAAUUAGAUGAGAAAUAUCCAAAAGAGUACAUUGAUGUACAUAUGCAUUCAUUCGAGGAACCAAAUUUGAAAUUGUCAAUGGGGAAUGCUCGAUUUCGUGGCUCUGUACUCUUGGACUUUUAUCUGAAUCCGAUGGCGACGACGAAGGAUUCCCUCGUUACAAUGAAAAUCACUUCUGAGUCCUCGGUGGUAAUCAAAGUUGAUGGAACUCGUCUGAAUGGUUAUUUAAAAGAUACGACAGCUGAAAUCGAACAGAUUCAUUCGACUAUUGGAGAUAUUGAGCCCGGAUCAAUCACCUCAUUUCGGAAUCUCUUCGUUUCAGUGGAGGAGAUUCUUUUGAAUGGUUUACUACGACAAGGAAUUCCGAUUCCAAUCUUUAAAGAAGCCGCAAUGGCACUAGCUGGUAACUCGACCAUCAAUUUACUCAAUGAUUUCGUUCGAAUCGAUGCCAAUUUCAUUCAUCAGCCAAUCAAAAAGACAGAU